CCCGGAGGCGAGACCGCUCCCUUGCUCGCUCGUUCGUUGCCGACGAACCCCCGGCGAUUCGAUUCGAUUCGAUCGCUAGGGUUUAUGUCAUCCCGCUCGCGCGAUUCGGAUUCGAUUCGAUUUCGAUUCGACGCGAUGCGGCGCGCGCCGAUCGUCCGAAGCUUUUCGCGUUCGCGUCCUUGAUCGAUCUCCAUUCCCGCGCCGACACCGCGUCGAUCGCCGCCGCCGCCUCUAGCUUCGCUCCGUUCGUGCGCCCCUGAAUCCUUUGGAAUUGGAUGACCACCUUUCGCGAGGAGUUUCGUUCAGUUUCCGAUUGAAGCGGAAGCGGAAGGGAGUCGAUGCGGUCCUGAUGGCGCAGGCGCUUUCCUUCGUUUGGAGUUUGCAAUCCCGGUUGUGGCCCUUCUCCCGGCCGAGGUCCGAUGAUGACCUCAAGGCCUCGAACGAGCUUGUCCGGGAGCUCCCGGUCCCCGAGCAGACGAAGCAGUUCGUCUUCGCCGUGCGGGACCCCGAGUCGCAGUCCGUGGUUUACGUGCUCGCCGUCCAGAAUCUGUCCGAGCGGUCCACCCGGGACGCGGAGCGCUUGAUCAGGGAGGUUCGGCCGAGCGCGGUGGUGGCGCAGGUCGAUCCGUUGGAUUCCAGUGAGGUACGGUCUGUCGACUGUGUGCCCGGCGAUGGGGUCGAUUGCGCCGUGCCCACUUCGGCAAUCGGCGUUCUCAGGCGUUGCUUUGUGGAUAAAAUUAAUAAGGAGACGUAUGAGAAUGUUGCGGGGGGAUUGGUUUUGAGAGAGAUCUUCGGUAUUGGCUUUCAAGGCCAUUUCUUUGCCGCCAAGAAGGCUGCACGCGAGGUCGGUUCGUCGUUCGUUGUUCUAGAGUCGCCGUUUGUAAAUUGUUCUUCUGGGGAUACUAGUCCGAGUGAAGCUGAUUGUGGGCAAGGUGUUCAAGGUUUGGUCAGUAGCUUGGUUCCACAACGGAUGGGUUCUGGGGUUUCUUCUUGUUUGAGGAGGCUUCCUCUUUAUGAUGAUGUUCAAUCUCAGAUGGUAAAAAUUGUAUCUUCCAAUUUGGAUCCGCUGGCAUGGAUGUCGAGUCCUUCGAGUUCUGAUUCAAACUUGGGGUCAGAGAAGGUGCAACCCAUACCUGAGUACGAGGCACCACCAUUUGCCCAGUCCAUCUAUCCUUUACUUGUGGAUCUUCAUAAUAUUUUCAGUGAUAUCCCAUCUAUUGGAAGGGCUCUUGUCCAUGCUCAACAGCUGCUUUCUGAUGUGAACGGGGGGCAAGCUGUAGAUGGUCAAAUUGUUUCUGAAGUUUACUCAUUCCGGAUUGCUGUUGAGGGGUUGAGGAUAGCACUGAAUAAUGCUGCUAGGCUGCCCAGAAAUAAAAAUGGAAGUGGUGAUUCUUCGAAAAGUGAGUUUGCAGAUCUACCACACGAGGAAAAGGCACAAGUGCUCUUUGCACAGGCUCUUCGGAGUCAGGCUAAGAAGUUCAAGACUAUAGUUGCUGUAGUUGAUGCUAGUGCAUUAGCGGGUCUCAGGAAGCACUGGAACACUCCCCUUCCCCUGGAAGUGAAAGAUUUGGUAGAAGAACUUGUUACCGAUUCUGAGGUAGCUGGAGAAUUUCCUAAUAGAGGAGACAAGAAAAGAAUGUUGUCUGGUAAACCGGUGGUGGCAGUUGGUGCUGGAGCUACGGCCAUCUUAGGAGCUUCUUCUCUGUCGAAGGUCCUUCCUGUGUCCACGUUUAUGAAACUCGUGACCUUCAAAGUUCCUGCUUCAUUUAAACUCAUGCUGUCUCCAACCCAAAAGGUACUAGCGAUGGCCUUUGGCAAGUCUCUUGGUCCCUCAAAAUUGGCGGCCCCUGGACUUGCUAGUUCGGCUGCGAAAACCUCAGUAUUGAAAGUGACUGCUUCAGCUGAGAAAAUCCGGGUGUUGGCUCAUGGUGCUAUUGCCUCUGCUGAGAAAACAAGCUUUUCUGCCAUGAGAACUGCAUUCUAUGAAAUAAUGAGGAAUCGGCACAUUAAACCAGUUGGUUUCCUACCUUGGGCAACAUUUGGGUGCAGUGUUGCAACUUGCACGGGUUUACUUGUAUGUGGAGAUGGCAUCGAAUGUGCUGUUGAAUCACUUCCUGCCGCUCCCUCAAUUGCUAGUUUAGGUCGAGGAAUCCAAAGCUUACAGCAGGCAUCUCAGGCUGUUGUACAUGCUAAUGGGAGCAGAAUACAAAAGUCUAUAGAAUCUCUGAUGUACAAAUUGAAGAAAGUAAAAUUUCAAUAAUGUAAGGUUUUUAUUGUUUUCUUUUGGCUAGAUGAUACGCAAGAUAUAGCAGUCCAGUUGUCGGACUUGAGUCCAUGUUCAGGUUUGAUUUUCUGUACCUAGAAGCUUUAACCAUUCCUUAUGCUCAAUACCGAUUGGUCUUGAAAGUCUGUGGACGCAUUGCAGUUAGAGUUGGUGUACUCAGAGAAUAAGCAGACCAAGAAAAUCUAUCUGAUAUGAGGAUAAAUGGCAUUAUAUGAUAUCUAUCUAAAUGAAAGCAUUGAGGAUUUGUUUUGGAGAA